AUGAAGAGAAAGUUGGAUGUCAACGAUGCCCCCAGCGAAGAGGUAGUCGAGACGGGGAAAACGGCGGCUGUCGAGCCCAGCUUCGCCGAGUUCAACCUUGAUCCGCGCCUCCUCCAAGCCAUCGCAACCCAGAAAUACAAGACCCCUACCCCGAUACAGCAAAAAUGCAUACCACUUGCCCUGGAUGGCAAGGACAUACUCGCAAAAUCAAGGACCGGCUCGGGCAAGACCGCGGCGUACUGCCUGCCCAUGAUACAGUCUAUUUUGAAGAAGAAGGCACAGAAAUCCACACAAGCGACUGCAUCGAUCAUCCUGGUCCCUACAAAAGAGCUCGUAGACCAGGUCUAUACCGUCCUUGGAGAUCUGACCACCUUCUGCUCCAAAGAUGUUCAAAUUGUCAAGUUGGACAAGGUCGCCGACACUGUUUCAAAGUCACUGCUGGCCAACUCUCCCGAUAUCCUUGUCGGCACUCCUGCCCAGAUCUGGCACAACAUCAAAAACUCAUCUCUUACUGUUGAGCAUCUUACCCACCUUGUCUUGGAUGAGGCAGACCUUCUCCUUAGUUACGGCUAUGAGGGCGAUUUGCAAAGCAUCUCGGGCCUGGCUCCCAAGGCCAUCCAAACCAUAGUCUUGAGCGCCACUUUGACCCCCGAGGUCGACACGCUGAAGGGCAUGUUCUGCCGAGAUCCUACCGUCGUAGACCUACAAGACGAGGCCGAGGAUGACAAGUUAUCCCAGUUCGUCGUCAAGUGUGCAGAGGAUGAGAAAUUCCUUCUCGCCUAUGUCAUGUACAAACUCCAGCUUAUCAAGGGCAAGUCCAUCAUAUUUGUCAGCAACGUGGACAGAUGUUACAGAUUGAAACUCUUCUUUGAACAGUUCGGUAUUAGAAGCUGUAUUCUUAACAGCGAGCUCCCGGUUAACUCUAGGUUGCAUGUUGUCUCUGAGUUCAACCGCAAUGUGUACGAUAUCAUCAUUGCCUCCGACGAGAAUGAAGUCAUUGGCGAUGAAGAAACACCAGACCAAGACAACGCCGAUGCAAACGACGAUGAUGACGAGGUCGAGAGCAAGAAAGAGGCCGCCCCGCCAAAGAAAAAGAAGAGAAAGUCCCCCAAGGACACUGAAUAUGGAGUUUCUCGUGGUAUAGAUUUUCGAAACGUAUCAUGCGUCGUUAACUUUGAUCUUCCUACCUCGUCAAGAUCUUAUACACAUCGCAUUGGGCGAACCGCUCGAGCAUCCCAAAGUGGCAUGGCUCUGUCCUUCGUGAUUCCUAAGGAUCAGUAUCGAAAACAUAUGCCGACCUCAGUCGAAACAGCCGAGAAUGACGAGAAGGUCCUAGCCAAAAUUGUAACACAGCAGCAGAAGAAGGGCAGGGAGGUAAAGCCAUACAGCUUCGACAUGAAGCAGGUCAAUAACUUCCGAUACCGCAUGAACGAUGCUCUGCGUGCGGUUACCAGCGUUGCUGUCCGUGAGGCUCGAGUGCGAGAGUUGAGACAAGAGCUUGCAAAGUCUGAGAAACUUAAGAGGUAUUUCGAGGAGAAGCCACAAGAGCUGUCACAUCUCGUACGACACGAUACGGAAAUGAGGACUGCAAGAACCCAGUCACAUCUGAAGCAGGUGCCAGACUAUCUUUUGCCGGAGGGGAAGAAGGCCAUUACGGCGAAUGACAUUGGAUUUGUGCCAUUCAACAAGGAUGGAAAGAAGAAAGGAAAGUCGUUCAAGGGUAAAGGCCGAAAAGUUGGUGGCCGCAGAGUCGAUCCCUUGAAAUCGUUCAGGGGGAGACCUAAGUCCAGGAAAUGA